AGCUCCUGGGCGUUGAGGCCAAACAAACGCGCAAAACUUCUGUGUUAACGCUUUCCAUGGCUGUUUGGCCCCUCGAUAUCGCUUCGCUUGUGCGUUUGUCAAGCAUUAGAUGCCACAUACCACCGCGAACGCUGCGGAAUUGCUGCCAAACACAUCUUCUUAGCGAAUUCGUUCCCGCGAACAGAGUUUUGGUCAUUUUGAACCGGAAUUCGACGUCCCCAUACCUCGCCAACGGCACCCCGAAUUUUCAUCUCGAAAGAUAUCAACAUGGAAAAGCUUUGAUGAUCGACGUCAGAGUCCCUUGCGGCUCAAGACAAGCUUAUCGGUCCUUAAAUUCGCCGGCAGCUUGCCGCAUGCUGCAGAAUCGGCCCGUUUUGGGCCCCGUGUUAUCACGUGACUUGAUAAGUCAGCCAUGAUUUAUCUUGUAGAUAAUUGUUGGGGGUCCCGAGUUGAUCGGCCCUUCUACCAGCAGUGCGCUGGUGGUGACUGAGCUCUUUUGCCCCAGUAGCCUACAAUAAUUGAAGACAGGCCCUGGAACUAAAUUAUGUCUCCUUAAAGCUAAUGGUAGCCAAGGAAAAGCAGGCCCACUUCAAAAUUAUCAAGUACGAUGCUUUUCCUCUUCCCUACCCCCGCCUGCUUGGUAUCGGAAGAUGCCCCUAUCCCAGUUGAGGCUGCAGAGUUCAAUGUCCGCCUUACGGAGUACUACUUCCAACACUAUUAUUACUGUGGGCUGCUCGUCAAUAUUGAAAUGAGCGGGGCCCUUCUUACAUUUUGGUCGCGUGGCUCUGUGGUUCCACAGUCCCAGUUUAUGAGAUUGAAGCUUUCCCUAUAUUAACGAACUACCUUAUAUUUCCUCCAAGCAAGAAAUUUUGCUUGCCCCCCAAGGAUGUGCAAUUUCAGAGUGCGAGUCCAUAAUGGCGAUCGCUAUUAAACACUCAGGGAACCACGCAGGGACGUGAAAAGCCAAAGAACUAAGUGUGAAACUGAGAACACGCAAGACUCCAGCAUGGGAUCACUCCAAUGCAGCUGGCAACAAAAACCAAGCUGCAUCAUGAUGGUCUAGAUAAUCAGCCUGUCAUUCGUUGCUAAAUCUCCUGGCAAGUUCAAAAAUUAUUGGCGGAUUUUGAAAUAUACAUACGGUAUCGAUUGGGGUGAUUAUCUACUGGGUGAUAUGUGGAGCGCUGUUAAGGGUGGUGGUAUCAUCUUGCUGGUCUCUCGCGGUCUCCAUUUGAGUUAUAAGAUCGCUCUCGCUACACUCAUGCAGUUGCGAGGGGCAUCUCUCUUUAACAACACGUAAUUGGCUUCUCUACUUGCCCAGGCUAGUGUUUGGCCAUGAUCAGGAGAAUCGUGAAUUCUUGAUAAACCAUUCCAGGAUAGUUAAUCAAUUCUUCAGGCACGAAGAAUUUCAUAAGUCUGAGUGCAACUACAAUGAUAUGCGUGAAUAUAUUUACAGACUAUGUUUAUGCAGACGAAGGGCUUCUCCUUGAACACAUAGUUAAGGGUAAAUCACGACAAAGGCUGUAUUGCAUACUUUUACGUAUAGACAGCGAAAUCUUCGGAAAAUCUGUUAUCACGUGAGUAAAUUCUUGGCGCUUCCGCGCUGUUUUUCCGCCAGCGCUCUUUCCGCCCCCUACCUAUGUAAUCUACAAUCUACAUCCAACUCCGAGCGGAUUCCCCGUACAUAUUUUUUAUCCACCAUUCAUCCCUCCUAAAAACAAAUAGCAACAAUGUUUCGCUCUUUGAUACCAAAAUCCACUCGAACUCCUCUCCCCCCAUCAUCAUAUCUUAGACAAAACCCCUUAAAAUAUACCUUCGCAUCACCACUAACCCGACGAACGCUCACCUCAACGCCUCCACGACUCAAUGAUAAUAGCACGCAGCAUUCCACAACUACCAAUGCACCUUCCGCGCAUACAAGUAUAUACAAAAACUUCGGCGGGGCCUUUGCAAAAGUUUUCCUAGGCGGCGUACUCACAUACCAAAUUAUCUAUUGGGCAUGGGUGAGGCUGGAGGUUGAUGAGGAGAAGGUUAUCAGGAAUAAGGAAAUAGCUGAGCUAGAAACUAAGGCGCGGGAGUUGUCGGCGACGCUAAAGACGAAGAAGAAUGAUUGAUUUGCCAAGGUGAUGGAUGGAGCUUUAAUAAUGUGUUAAAAUUUCCAGGAACGGAUAUCACUGCGGCUGGAAGCUAAGGCGGCUUGUAUAUUAUAUUACUUUUUCUCUUUCGUGUUUUUCUUCUUCACUUGUUGAAUAUUAUCCAUGGAUAUGAUCGGGUAUCACGAGAUGCUGAUUGGGUUUGUAGGCGAUGGUGAUGUUGAGAUACCAAUGCACCGACCCUUUGCUAUCUAUUGUAUAUUCUGCUUUUGGGGAUCGAUGAUUACGACACAGACUAAACAUCUAAGGCUACUUUGCAUUGAUACAAUGGUGAAGUCCUGAUUCCAUGACUUCUGUAUUAUAUUCUCCUGCAAAUAACCCGCACAAAUACAUGUAUGUGCCCAUAUACCCAACGAAACACACGACCUAAGCAGCAUCAAUCCAUUGAAGGGGUAAGAAACUUAGAGCAUAUUCACAAGUAUCCCAAUCCUCCCUUCCCAAUUGCCUCCAGGUCAGCACGAAUCUCCCAUAUAUCUGCACCGACCCGAUGCGCAAUCUCCGCCUUUCGCUGCGUGCCCAAAUCAAGCCAUCUAUGUAGCAGGUCACCAUCAACCAUACCCCGUCCACCAAUGCCAUCGCUCUCAAUAGCUCGGAACGCACGGGGGUUGAGCCCACAAGGGUGCUCGAGCGUAUUGAUCAACUGAGAUUGCAAGGCGGAGAGUCUUCGGUAUGCAGUUUCAGAAAGUGGAGUGAUGAGUGCGAUCGACCCGGUUUCCGAUGUUACAAGGACGUGAUAGAGCGGCCCGGAGGAAUCGAGUUCCAUCAUGUCUGGGUUGGCGUCUGGUCCCUGAGCUGAUGGAAUUAUUGUUCGGGGGAGUAAGGUCAUGGUUGAGGCAAAAUGGCCCGUGUGAAAGGUGCUGCGGUGCAGUAAUCUGUCACCCUUGGAAGACCCAGGGUCUUUUGGGAGGUUUUGUCAGAAUAACUUUCAUCAAAUUAGCGAAAAGGAACUGUUUUUGUCUCACCUUCAGGAUCAUACUGCAGAACAUGUAUGUUGCAGUCAUCAUCAGCGACCAAUAUGUAUAGACGUUUUCCAUCAGGAAGGAAGUCGGCGGCCAUCACUUGGAGCGUGCCGUCAUCCUUACUGAAAAGAGAUAGCUUGUAUGGCUCCUCCUAUAAAUUUGCGGUUAGACAUUUAUGCUGCAUCGGGGUAUAGCAGCGGAUAAACUUACCGAAUACCCUGCAAACCAAAUGCCCUUCAAAGCGUCUCCCAUGAUGCACAUCCCCGUACCCUUGAGCUCUUUAAGAACAUUAACGUAGCAUUGCAUAUCCAUGAACGCCACCGGUAAAAGACUACCAUCCUCUUUGAGGCCUCUGACUAUGCACUUCUGGCCCUGGGCAGCAAUCAAAAACCCUUGACCACCAAUUCCUGAGAGAGAUGUCACAGCGCCCUUAACCUCUUCCUUGGCGAUUAACUUGAGCUUCCGGUUGGUCUCUGGUCUGUCAACCUCAGGAACGACUUCAAUGACUUCGAAAAUGUAAAUGCAACCACGUGCAGCAAUGUCCUCUCCUCGCGUGACUGCUGUACCUACUGCAAUCAUAUCCCUACGUUCAUGCGUAAUUUCCGAUACCUCAAGGUCCAGGCAUUUAACACACAUUAUACGCUCCGCAGUUCGCAAAGUAUGACUAGAACGGGUGUUAAAAUAUUAUAUUGACGAAUCGAAUAUAUGCUCCAAAUUUCCUUACCUAUCGAUAAUCGACCACGUCCUCGGGCUUAAUAGUUUAACACUCCCCUGAUCGAUUUGGGGGAGGAAGGAUAUCACUAUAUUUGUUUUUUGGAUUAGCAAUAGCUGCCUUCACGUGAACAUGAUUGCGAUCAUACCUUCGUUUCGCCAUUCAGGAUGGAUUUCAUCAUCUUCAGGCAGGUUGAAGUCGACUUUUUGGCUGGUUCCGAUAACGUAUGUUUCUGACGAGGAGGAAUACUCAACAAUAUCUACCUGUUCGCCGAGGCCAAUUUUUCGUGUGGCCCACGAGCCAUCAAAAUGAGUGUUUCUGGGAAAUCGAC